CACUGUCUACAAGCACGACUACUGCCUAGCCUACGUCACGGCCCACGACCGACCGCGGCUGCUGUCAGACACCCUAUCGGCUAUCACCGCGAGCUCAACCCGUCGAAAAACGUUAUCUUCUUUGUUCGUCUCGAAAACUACGUAAAUGUUUGUGUAUGUGAUGUGUAGAAAAUAGUGGGGAUGCGCAACUUUGACCAAUAUACGAGCACAGUAUCGUGAUACGAGUGUGGUGGACAUACCUAUCUAUUUUGUUAAGGUAGUUUGUGCACUCCCCCUUACUGACGCUCUACUCAGUACUCACAGGCUUUACCACUACCCAUGUCCCCCGACCGUCUUCGUUGAUUUUGUUUUGUUUUUCCGUAAGUUCCUUCUCACGUUCGGCGCUCAGCGUUGUUGCUUGUCACUCGUCUGCUGCUGGGCCAUUUGUUUUCGGACCGCCGUCGACGACCGCAGAGGCAGAACACUCACAUCGAAAAUCACAGCUCGCCGUCCGAAACACCGUGCACGCCUCACCGCCGUCGACUUAGCGUGUGCGACCAACGUGGUGGUGAUCCGCCGACCGCCGCAGACAGCCAGCCGCCCGCCCACCGUCGACCAGCCAUCCUGCCCGUCCAUUGCGCCGUGCCCCGACGAUAAUACCGUUGUUCUACAGUUCUACACUGUCCGCUUGAUCACGAUCGCCACAAAACAAACAUGGUUUACAAAAUAAAGAAACACUCAACGAUGCCCGUUCACGUAGUCGAUGACCAUAACGAUGCAUUGCGAUAUAUCUACCGCGAAAUAGGUUCAAAACACUUGCCCUUGUAUGGCAAUGUUCUGUUGCAUUUCGAUUCGCAUCCUGACUUGUCCAUUCCAAAAGAUAUGCCGGCUGAUUAUGUUUAUGAAAAAGAACAGUUGUUUGAUUCGUUGAGUAUUGAGAACUGGAUACUGCCAGCUGCGUACGCCGGCCAUUUUGAUAAAAUUAUCUGGGUAAAGCCUCCUUGGGCACGGCAAUUCAAUGAAGGUGAAAUUGUGUUCAGUAUUGGCAAGCACAAGACUUCCGGCGCCAUACGAUUGACUAAUUCUAGUGAUUUCUAUUUGAGCGAAGGUCUUUAUUGUUUGGAAAAUGAUCUCAUUAAUAUUAGAACAAUCAAGUUGUUUGUGUUUACUAUGUGUAGUUCAGUUUUUGAUGAUGGCGAGGAAAAAUUUGAACUAUUACGAAACAAAUUUGUCGAGUAUACUAGAGAUAAUCCUCAUUAUAUCUUAGAUUUUGAUUGUGACUUUUUCUCCACAAACAAUCCAUUUUUGUCCAUGUACGACAAAGCAAAUCUGUAUACUAAUCUACAUAAAAUUUAUACAUUUAACUCUCCGGCUAAUAAGGAAGACAUUAACAGCUUACUACAAUGUUCUCGCUCUAGAGAAAUAUUGUUGCAAGAAUUGGAAUCUGUGUUCAUGCAUCUUGAUGACGGAAAGUCACUAGAUGAGUAUCCGACUGAAACUUUAACUGCUGUAAAUACUGAAGAUUUAUCGUUUAUUGUUAAUGAGUUGUUGAAACAUUACGAUACAAUUGACUGGUUAAUAGUGCAUAAUGCUGGUUGCACAAUUGACAACAUUGAAUUACCUAACCAUCACACGGACAUAGCUGAUAUCGCAAAAUCUAUGGAUAUUGUAUUCAACUUUUUACCUAUUAUACAUGAACCAGCUGCUAUUACAAUUGCUUUGUCCACUGGAGAUGAUUACUGUCCAUUGGAAAGUGCACGCUUUAUUAAUGAAUCAUUGCUCGCAAAGCUAGAAUGCUUGUAUAAUAAACUGAAUGUUCAAAAAUGUACUGAAGGUUCCUAAAUUACUGAAACAUUAUCUAAAGUAUAAGUUUAUUUUAUUAUAAUUGCUAGUAGGUUUUUUUAUUCUGUGUGCAACAUAAUAUUUUUUUACAACUAGUAUUAUCAUAAAUUUAAAGUUUCUC